CCCAGGUUGACACUUUGCGGCCUGUCGCGAUGCGUGCUUGGUUGCUGGGCUCAGCCGGGGGCCGGCUGCUGGCGGCACUGGGAGCCGGGGUCCGGGACGCAGCGGCCAUGGCUGGGGGCAGCAUGGGGCAAAGGAUGGUCUGGGUGGAUCUGGAGAUGACCGGACUGGACAUAGAGAAGGACCAGAUUAUUGAGAUGGCUUGUCUCAUAACUGAUCCUGAUUUAAACAUUUUGGCUGAGGUAGGUUUGGUGAUGGAUGCCUCUUUCUUGCAGUCUGGCCUUACUAAGGCAGUGAAAGAAAGUACAAUUUCAUUGCAGCAAGCAGAGUAUGAAUUUCUGUCCUUUGUACGACAGCAAACACCACCCGGUCUCUGCCCUCUUGCAGGAAACUCUGUUCAUGCAGAUAAGAAGUUUCUUGACAAAUAUAUGCCUCAGUUCAUGAGGCACGUUCAUUACAGGAUAAUUGAUGUGAGCACUGUCAAAGAACUUUGCAGGCGCUGGUAUCCAGAAGAAUUUGAAUUUGCACCAAAGAAGGUGGCUUCUCACAGGGCACUCGAUGACAUCAGGGAAAGCAUCAAAGAACUUCAGUUCUACAGAAAUAGCAUCUUCAAGAGGAAAACAGAUGAAAAGAAAAGAAAAUUAAUAGAAAAUGGAGAAAGUGAUAAAACUGUGAGCUGAUCUUCCAUCUCACAAUGCCAUCCCAUAGUACCACUGGAUGUAUCUCCUGUUGUUUUUCUGUUCACCAGUGUUUAAGGAAGAGGCUUCUUUCAGUUUCCUUGUUUCUUAACCAUUAGGAAAGCAGCAGUAAUUCAGACUUCUGUCUGCUUUAACAUGUUUGAGCUGUGAAUUGGCCAUUUAAGUCUCAGCAGCUCCUUUGUUUUAUGUACCAGAUCACUUUUGCUCUUUGAUACAUCUCUUCAUUUACUUCUAGAUGCACUCUUUUGUUACAAAAUAAAACCAGUCCUGCUGAAA